UUUCUGCCGCUCCGUCUCGCCUGCGCUCUCCCGGCCCGGCCGUCUCCUGGGCCCCGGCUUCUCAGCGUCUGCCCAGAGGCGCACGCUUCUACCAAAGCGACCCGGGACGGCUUAAAGUGUGUUGUUUACGCGACCGUGAUUUAAGGACCGCAGGCAUGUCAGAGUCCGAGCGAUGGAUGGAAGGAUUUGCGGUGACCCCAAACUCUUGAGUGAUCGUUUUUUAAAGAGAGUCGUUGCAGAUUCUGGAUCUUCUUGCCUUUUAGAUAUCUCAUCGCCCUGGAUGUCCGAUCUACCGCUUUGAAACAGAUUCAUAGGCGUUUGUAUUGGACAACGCUGUGUUUGAAUACAAGCCAGGCAGUAAAGCAAAGUUUUAUUAUUUGAAGUGUGGUGGUGGUGUUGGCGGUGGUCGGUGGGGCUUUUACCUCGGAGGGUCGGAGGUCAAGUCCUGUUGAAGUUGGCUCUUCUCUCCUCAGGAAUAAGAAGGAACGGGCGGAGCUGAGUGUAUCUGGUCCUCCGUUUGGUCACGGCCCAUGGCUUAGCAGCGGAGGAGGUUGUUGACCAUGCCAGUAGCCAUGCGGAAACGGAGCUGGGAGGAGCACGUGACCCAUCGCUCGGGGUUACCGUACAGCUUUGAUGACCUGGAUCUGGUCUGCUGUCGUAGCGCCGGCCCCGGCCCCGGUGACGGCUCUAAACACGGCCGCCAGGUGCGUUGUGCGUCCAUGCCGGAGUGCCACCACCACCGGCCGGCGCCGGACGGGAUUCCAAGGGGGAGCGACGCUGCGGCGUCUGUGGUCGGGGACGCAAGACUCCUUUGCGAGACGUGGGAAGAUGCAGUCGGAAAGGUUGACAUUGGCUGUUCAGGGGACGGGCCGGAGGAGAGUGGAGUUCUUGAGUCGCCCGGGUCGCAGGGUCUCCCAGGCUCGCCGAGGGAGGGAGCUUCCAGCCCGGACUCCAAAGAUAGACUAUCGAGCCUCACAGUUAUUAACGGCACAGUCGAUAGUGGUUGUGAAAUCAGUCGUUUUGGAGACAGUACGGAACACGGCGACAGCGAUGGAGUCGCUAACGGCGGUUGCAGCGGUGGCAGUGAUGACGACGUGGUCGCUGGUGCAAAUAUGGUUUCCGAGGAGCCACAACAGCAACCGUGCAUAUCUAUUAGUCUAGACAAUGGGUCUCUAGUGUCCGCGCUUGCCGUUAAUCAGACUUAUGAUUAUUAUGAAACAAUGGAGAGCCAAACAGAUGGCCGGGGCGAGCCUUCCGAGCCCCCGGGCGCCACGCUGACCUAUUCUGCUGAACCAGAAUCCGAUGCCGUCCCUCCCAACACCGAGAGACAGGAGGAAAUCUUCCCCGCAUCUCAUGCGGGGAUGAAUUGCAGUCUAUCUUCAGGUGAGGCGUGCCGCUUAUCAGACCCGGCGGAAGAUAGCGACGGAUGGCUGCAGGCUAACCGGGUUACGGAGCAGACGGUGACCGAUGCCGCGGAAGAGGAAUGCAGCGCAGCAGGAACAGAACGCAGGAACGUAGAUGCUGUCGAUAAGGUAAAAGGAUUAGAUCUCCCCGCAACACUGGUGGCUGAAAGUCAGGCGGCACCUUCACCUCCGGCGGCGUCAGAGGGACCCGCGGUGGAGGAGGUGGAUCCCAGUUCUGAUAGCCUGGCUUUCCACCACAGUGUGUUAGCGCUGCGUGACGUUGGGAUCGCAGAGAUGGAUCAGAACCGAGAAGAGGAUAGGGCUGAAGUCAACGGCCAGGCUGAAGUCAACCAGAGUUCAUCAACGGCUGGUGGAAUGCAUGUUAAAGUUCAAUGCUGCACCGAGGGAAUCAAUGGCCAUGUGUUAUCUGAACAACAACUGGACAGUGGACUAGUAACAAACACCAUUCAGUGUGAGGAGGAAAAUAUGGAAAACAAGUCCUCUGGGAAUCUCGACGGGAGCCCAGUAUCCCAUGACUUGACCUUUUCAGAGAGCCAAACCAAAUCUCAACCUGGACCGCUAGAGAACAGCGUGUCAAAACUGGACACGAUUCUCGAGUUUAACUCUUCCGAGUCGGACGACAAUCCAACGCCGAAGACACCCACGAAUAACGCCUUGAGUCUCGCCGACGCGCCAUUGGAUCAACCACCCACCAAUAUGGACUCAAAGCAAAACACCACCACCCUCCAGAGACCUCAGACAGAGGCUUCAGCACGGGUGGUGGAGGAUGACCUCACACCACAUGGACUCCCUGGCAACCGAGCCUCUGGCUGUUACCUAGGUGAGCCACCUGCCCGCGAUGGGCCAGAUGGUCAGAGCAAACACCGCGGCUCAGACACCACAUGCUCCACAUUUGAGGAGACGGAGGAGACGGAGGCAGCGCAGGCGGCCGCUGCACAUUGCGGCCCUCAGGGGCCGACUCCUGGUCCCCACGAGAUGAGUGAAUCUGAGGUCCUGAAGGAUGACAGCGCGGUGAAGAUGCGGGUUAAAAAGCGGGAUAGUUCCCGCCUGGACUCCAUGGUGCUGCUGCUGAUGAAGCUGGACCAGUUGGACAAGGAGAUUGAUAACGCUCUCAGUGCCACCUCUUCCAUGGACAGCACCCCCACCCCACGCAGGAGAAACCUGGAUAUGGAUCCAGGGUCUCAAACUGGCAACCCUUCCCAGGAGACCCUUUUAUCUGCUGCUCCAUCGAAACCCCAUCUUGGCGCCAAACCCAAGACAUCGAACACCUCUGCGUCUCUGAACAAGGAAAAAGCAGAAAUAGAAGCCAAGGAGGCGUGUACCUGGCUGAGGGCUGCAGGGUUCCCCCAGUACGCACAGCUCUAUGAAGACGCCCAGUUCCCGAUCGACAUCUCCUCCGUCACCAGAGAUCACGACUUCCUGGACCGAGACGCCAUCGAGGCGCUCUGCAGGAGGCUGAAUACCCUCAACAAAUGUGCUCUCAUGAGACUAGAGAUAACGCCACAGAGAAAGAGAAGCGAGGACUCGGAUGAGGACGAGCCCUGCGCCAUCAGCGGUCGCUGGACCUUCCAGCGGGACAGCAAGCGCUGGUCCCGCCUGGACCAGGAGCUGGACGUCUUCUCCUCCCUCACCGGCCUGGAGUUCUCCUCCCAGCCCCACGACCAGAGCUGCUCCGCCGCCGCCGCCGCCGCCGGCACCACGCCGGCGUCCCUGCGGGAGGGCCACAGCUCGGAGAGCGUGCUGACGGACCUCAGUGAGCAGCCCGAGGGGGGCUCCAUCCACAGCGGCGGCAGCGUGAGCGGCGGCGCCGGCAGGGCGGGCGGCGACGACAAGAGCCGCGCCGGAUCGGCCGGCCCGGCGCGGGCGUCGCCGGCGGCGGGCGCCACGCGCGCCAGCUCGGUGGCGAGCAUGUGCUCCUCGUCCGGCACCGGCGGCUCGGGCUUCGCCAACGAGGACUCCACCUCGGACGGGGGGCCGCCGCCGUCCCCGCUGGAGCCGACGGGACAGUUCACCUUCGACACGCGCGGCGGGACGGGCCGCCUGGGCAGCCUGGACCGGGCGGGGGGCGGGGCCGAGGACGACGGCCUGGGGGGGGGAGGAGGAGGAGGAGGCGGUAAGAGCACGCGCUCCCGAGCCAAGAGCUUCCUCAAGAGGAUGGAGAGCCUGCGCCUGCGCUCAGCCUCUUCCUCCUCCUCCUCCUCCUCCAAGAGGAAGAAGAAGCCGAGCGGCGGCAAGCUGGACAUCAGCGGGCCCGUGGCGCGGCAGGGGCUGGACGACGAGAAGCUGGCCCACAUGAACUGCGUGGACAUCGCAAACCUCAACCACCGCAACCCGGCGCAGACCAUGACGCUCAACCGCAACCGCGGCGUGCCCUACUCCACGCAGAACAGCAACGGCAGCACGGGCAGCACGGGCAGCAGCCAAUCGGAGGCCAGCAGCGGCAGCACCGUCAGCACGCCCAGCCCCGUGACACGGGCGCGCAGCCACAGCACGGCGGCCGGCUCCACCAAGCGCGGGGGGAUGUACCUGGAGGGCUUCGACCCCUUCAGCCUCCGGCAACAGUCCAAGACCGCCGGGACCGCCGGCUCCACGCCCCCGACCCCCCAGUCGGCCCUGGCGGCGGCGGCGGCCCCCGGCCCGGCCGGCUCCGGCCCCCGGGUCAGCGAGCAGAACCGCAGGAACAACCGCGGCGACAGCGUCGCCAGCCAGCCGCCGGCCGUGGAGGAGGAGGAGGAGGAGCAGGAGCGUGUCAUCUUCUUCUUCCUCCCCGAGGGCCACAAGCCCGGGACCUUCCCCCGGGCCCUGCAGGACGGCAGCUGCAACAACAACAACAACGAGGACAGCAACGCCAACCCGGUGGUGCUGCGGGGCGGCCGCCCCAGUCGCCGGCGGCAACGCCACGGCUCGGCGGGCUCGGCGGGCUCCGACGGCCGGCUGAGCUUCUACGACAACGUGCCCCCCCGCCGGGACGAGGAGGAGGAGGCGGCGGACGGACGCAAACUGGACGAGGUGCUGCAGCGCGUCAGCGGCAUGCAGCGCUUCGUCAACGCCUGGUCCGACGCCGUCGCCGGGGGGGAGGAGGAGGAGGAGGAGGAGGACGAAGAGGAGGACGAGGAGGACGAGGAGGAGGGAGACUCGGACUCUGCGCUGGACUCGGCGUCGCCGUGCCCGUCCUCCCCGCUGCAGAACCGGCUGGAGGAGCAAGGCAGCGACCAGGACAGCACAGGGAACCCCCUGGGGGAGGGCGAGGAGGGGAUGCGGGAGCGGAGGGACUCGGGCGUGGGGGCGUCGCUCACACGCACCAACAGGCCUCAGAAGCUGCGCUGGCCUAGCUUCCAGAGCUCCCACCGGCCCAGCCAGGCGUCGGCCCAGCUCCAGAUCGGCUGCCAGUCGGUGCUGCAGAUGAACCUGCUGCAGAAGCUGUCCCUGCUGAAGCUCACCGCGCUGCUGGAGAGACACACGCCCACCAACAAGCACGGCUUCAGCUGGGCUGUGCCUAAGUUUAUGAAGCGGGUGAAGGUGCGUGACUACAAGGACAAGAACGUGUUCGGGGUGCCUCUGCAAGUCAACGUCCAGCGGUCCGGACAGCCCCUCCCCCAGGGCGUCCAGCAGGCCAUGCGGUACCUCCGCAACCACUGUCUGGACCAGGUGGGUCUUUUCCGGAAGUCAGGCGUUAAAUCUCGUAUCCAAGCGCUGAGGCAGAUGAACGAGGCGUGUGGCGCGGACGGGGGAGGGGUCAGCUACGAGGGCCAAUCGGCUUACGACGUCGCAGACAUGCUGAAGCAGUACUUCCGGGACCUUCCGGAACCCCUGCUCACCAGCAAACUGUCCGAGACCUUCCUCCAGAUCUACCAAUACAUGCCCAAGGAGCUGCGUCUGCAGGCGGUGCGCGCGGCGGUGCUGCUGCUGCCCGACGAGUCCCGUGACGCGCUGCACACGCUGCUGUGCCUGCUGAGCGACGUGACAGCCAGCGUGGGCGAGAACCAGAUGACGCCCACCAACCUGGCCGUGUGCUUGGCGCCCUCGCUCUUCCACCUCAACACGCUGCGCCGCAAGGAGAGCUCCUCGCCCCGGGUGAUGAACAGGAAGCCGACCCUGGGGAAGCCCGACCAGAGGGACCUGAACGAGAACCUGGCCGCCACCCACGGCCUGGCCCACAUGAUCCAGGAGUGCAGGAAGCUCUUCCGGAUCCCCGAGGAGAUGGGCCGCUGCAGGGACUCGUACGUGGAGCAGGCCCUGCUGCCCCGGAGGCUGGAGGAGCUGUGCGGGGCCGAGGGCGGGCCGGGGGACUACCUGCAGCACAGCCUGGACGCCCUGCUCAAGGACGCCAAGGACAAGUUCAAGGGUUACGACAGCUUCUCCACCCCGGAGCAAGCCGAGCUGGCCUACAAGAAGGUGCAUGACGGCUCCCCCCUGCGGCUCUGGAAGGUGACCCUGGAGGUGCCGGCGGGGCCCGAGGAGGUGCUGACCAGGGUGCUGCGGGAGCAGGGCCGCUGGGAUGAGGACCUCGUGGAGAGCAGGGUGCUUGAGACACUGGACGAGAGGACAGAGGUGUACCAGUACGUCCGGGCUAACAUGGCCCCCCACCCCACCACGGACCACCUGGUGCUCAGGACGUGGGUGACCGACCUCCCUAAAGGCGCGUGUGCCCUGGUGUGUACCUCCGUGGAACACCAGGGGGCGCCGGCGCUGGGCGUGCGCGCCAACGUGCUGACGUCGCGCUACUUCAUCGAGCCCUGCGGAAACAACAAGUCCCGCCUCACGCACAUCUCCAGGACCGACUGCAGGGGUCGAUUCCCAGAGUGGUACAACAAGCUGUACGGACACCUGUGUGCAGCAGAAGUGGUAAGAAUACGUGACUCCUUCACCGUACCGAUGGACAAGUGAAACAGGAGCCCAGAUCUCUUCCCUCCACACGGCCUACGCACAGCCUGCCUCAAAGCCCUGGAGGCAACGCCCCUGCGCCCAUCCAGCCUUCAUACAGUGCUCCUAUGAGUGAAUAUGAGGAAUCCAAGUCUCCAUGUAUAAAUGAAUAUUUAAAGGACAAUCUCCAUCCACGUUGUUUGGACUGAAGGACUUAUCUGUCUGUGCGUCAAAAUAUCUUUUCUUCGUCCAGGGACAAUUUAUCCUGGAACUUCUCAAGAACUUAUACAGUGGAAAGUUCCGAGGAGGACGGAUAUAUUUCUUGGAGGGAAAUAAAUAUGGGCCACAGGAUAUGACAUCACGGACACAGGAAGUGAGGGUUCAAACCUUUGACCAAAGGGUGCUAUUGCUUCUGAGAAGCAAAGGGGGGAUAUUUUAUCUUAUGUGUAUGUGUGUGUGUGUGUGUGGAAGCGAGCAUGCUUAUGAUUGAGUUUGUUGAAGCAUAUGUUUCAAGUCGCCAAAUGGAUACACGUAUAUAUGAAUAUAUAUUUUCUUUUCCUUGCACUGUCUUCCAGGUGCAGUAUAGCAUGUAGAUACAGUACUCUGAAACAGUCCACAAUAUCUGUGUAUCUUGUCUUGUGUUCCAUACGUCCCUUCUUCUGUUUCAGCGAAGCAUAGAUUAGAGAGAGAGAGUGAAAGAGAGACACCGUACAUCAUCGAUCGAUUGAGGGGUGGCACACAUUUGCUGCCGAUGCCCAUUAUGGGAUGUACAAUAAAGAGAGGAUGUUGCUAGGUGACGGCAGGUGGUUAGAAUGAAAACAAAGUAUUGGUGGCUGGUUCACAAAUCACAAGCAAUGUUUUAAGAAUGGACCUUAUUUGCCAAGGGGCAAUCAGUUGUAAUCUGCACGUGCAAAUUCACACAAAACAGGAUGAGCAGCUCAAAAGCUUACAUUUGUCUUUCGUCUGUUGUGUUUCCGUCAUAAUUGUCAGAUCCUUUAAAUACCGAUUGUUGUAGUCGUAUAUGUAGUCACAGAAAUAUUUGUGAAUGAGGGCCCCGAUGUUUGCCAAAUCAAAAGUUGCGUCCAUGCAAUCAGGAAAACGUAAAAGCAAAGACAACAAAUUCUGAGGGACCAAACAAUGAAAUGGAAUGAGAAAUGGAAAUAUAAUAUAGAAUAUUGUAGAUAGAUGUUGGAAGAGAAAACACAGCGUUACCAAUGAUAACAAUGUGAGGAAAAUUAACUCACAGAUGUUAUAAGCACAGCCAAAUCUCACGUAUUUCAAGUAGAUUGUAGACGGAAAUAAUCUCGUGCAAAACAAAAUAUUCCUUCAUUAGUAUUUUGUUCAUAGGGAAUAUGGAAAUGACAAACAGCUGAAUGCACUGUUAACUUGCAAAGGAAAUCUCACGCUGGCCGUUAAAGAAAGAACGAGGCAGGUCACACAGGGUGACGGUCCUUUUAUAAAGGUGUCAGGUUUACAGGUUUUACUGUAAGGAAGAGAGGGCACUGGGAAUGUUAGUUUUGCUUUUGAAAAAAGAAGGAACAUUGGAUCUAUGCGUAAGCUUGUUUCUCGUGUCAUGUUUGUCAGUGUUCACAUGAAGUAUUUAAAUCCUCAUAACAACCUUUAUCCUGUGAUUGAUGUGUGUAUUCCAGUCUGAGGCGUCACUGCUUCCAGUUUGUGCGUUGUGUGAUUAAUUUACUAAGCCAUUGUUCAUAUCAUGUACAUUGAUAACACUCGCAGCCAAAAGAGUGUAACGCAUGACAAUGACAGUUAAUUUAAAGUAAAUGUAUUUAUACCUCAGAUAAAUGUUUUGUUUUUUGUAUCAUACCAUCUUAUUUUAUUGUAAAUGUUAAGUUCUAUGUUACAGAAAUGAACAAAUGUUUUAUCUUUUUUAUUAAUAUUAUUUCUGUACAGGUUAAUCACAAUGCACUAUUAAAUGUAUUAAAAAAA